AUGCCGCUAGCACCCAGCAACCUCACCGCCGAAUCCCGCAAGAAGGCGAUGGUCUUCUCGCUCGCCGACCUCAAGGACCUCGUCUGGCUCGCCGAGCACAGCGACACCUUCACCUUCUACACGGAGCUCGAGCACUUCAGACGCGCCACAGCCACUACAACCACCAUCUCGCUGCCGGCUGUUAUUCUCCCGAAGCACCAUCACGAAGGCUCAUUCUGCAAGACGUACUUCUACGCGAACCGCCCGAACGGAAACCAGAUCAUUCUCUUCGAGCCCGGAGAACACGGCCACUUCUGCAGAGUCGCCAAACUCCUCACCAAUGCGGUACACGCCUACAGUCACUAUGAUUGGACGAGGCGCAAGAGGUUCUACCCCAACCGCCGCGCCACCCUCAACCGUCGCUUCCAGCGGGCAGCGCAAGCUCUCACCCGCGCCCGCCGCACCCUCAAACGCUUGCUGGCCAGCUCGAUGGCGGCCCUGACCAACCCGGACGCCCCCGAGGUCCUCCUCCGAGAGACCUAA